AUGUCUGAAGCGGCGAUCAGUUCCCCAGCGGCGGCAGCGGCGGAGGCAGCUAGCCCAUCAUCACCGACACCUGCACCAGAAAAGAAGGAGACAACCAGCGGCGGCGGCGAGACUUCUGGCAGCCAAGCGGAGGCAAAGCCAGUCGACCCUGCAACAGCAGCAGAAGCAGCAGCAGCAGCCACCACUACGCUGCCAGACAUUGCAAAGCCGGAGAGCGCACCCGAGUCACCGGCGGCGACAGCAGAGGCAGUGAAUACAACUGAAACCAGCAGUGAGAAGCCAUCCACCGGGGAGACCACGACCAUCAACACUACCGACAACAGCUCAGCGCAACCAGCAGCAGAGGCCAGCGGUGGUGAGCAACCGGCGGUGGCUAAAGAAGAGCCCGAAGAAGAAAAGAUGGAGGUCGAGGAGUCAAAGCCCACUGAGGAGCUGGCAACCGCUGAAGCGUCUAACCACGCGGAGAACAAUGUGUCCGAGACGGCCGCCGCGGCCACUCCGCCGGCGAGCGAGCCAGUCGAGGCCGAGAUGCCCGCCGCUGCCAACGCUGACGUCAAGCCAACGCUGGCAAAUCUGCAAGGCACCGGCAGUGACAGCGGCUCCGCAGCGGCCACUCCUGCACCGGCCACGCCGGCCUCUGCCGACUCGGUGAAGGUGAAGAGCGAGGUGAAGAAGGGCGGCUCGGGCAGCACCGCCUCGAAGAUUGACCUGCAGAAGGCCCCCGUGCGCCAGUACCUGGACGUGACCGUCGUGCCGGCUCUCCUCGCCGCCCUCUCUGCUGUGGCCCGAGAACGACCAGAGAAGCCGAUCACCUUCCUGGGCGACUUUCUCCACAACUUUGCCAAGCAGAACUCCAACGAGAUGGCCACUGAUUAA